GUAAGGGAGGAGUGUAACACUGCGGACAGUAUGGUUUGAGGGAAAAUCUUCCAUCUUUCUCGAUCAAUUAGCACUUUGACUACAACGUAAUUUAGACUUAGCCAACAAACGUUCUAAAAGACGCAUCGUUAAACAUCGAAGGUUAUACGCGUAAAACAAUUAUAUUUAUCAUCAACCAUAAGAUAGCCUGCUGAAGUUUUCCUUUUAAUUUUUAAGUUACUGUGUUUUCUAAAAGUUCAAGUGAAACUAAAAUUUCCUAAUCAGUUUUCAGAGCCAAUAUGUUCAAAGCUUCUCUGUCUGUGUUUCUCUUGUGCCUGCCCUUUAUAGCCGGUUGGCCGACAGGAGCACCGAGCAAAGCAUGUGAAGCUAUGCUUCCCAAACACGGGCAGAACAGACCACAACCAGCCCAUCUCUCGCCUUACACUUUAAUACAGUCAACAGACUCAUACAGGCCAGGAGAUCAAGUGAUUGUCUACGUUCAGGCUCCACCUGGAACACCCUUCAAAGGCAUGAUGGUGCAAGCCUACGAUCCUCGAUCUAACAGCACUAUCGGAGACUUUCUUGAAGGUACAGGACUGAAAAAAAUAACUGAAUGUUCCAGUAUGUCUCAUGCUGACAACAGAGAUAAAAAAUCUGCCACGCUUGUUUGGGUUGCACCCCAGGACUCUGGAAAUGUUCGAUUCAGAGCUACUAUUGUUCAGCAGUUCAAUACAUUUUACCACGGCCUGUCUGCCGCUGUACAAAGAGUUUGAAUGACUCGGAGAAAGCGUAAAGGCUUUAAAUAUGAAAGUAAUUUGGUUACAAAGAAAAGAAUACCAUGAAUAUAAUUAAGAAAUGAUUGAAUGGACUCUAAACGUAAAAUCAGAAAUGAGUA